AUGCAAUCGCACGAAGAGAUGACUACCCACCCGCGCCUCAUCAUCACCAAUCCAGACCCAGACUCCCCCAACUCCAACAGUUCCUCCACCUCGCCACCGUCACCAGUAACCUCAACUACCCGCGCCGAAUGCAUCAAGACCCCAUCUAGCAGCCCCUCGAUGUCCGAAAACACUGGUACCAGAGAUCAGACCCACUUUCCAGCCCCAUCAGAUCAGCCUCAUCGCUACCUCAGACUCACGACCUCUCCCUCAAGAUCAGAGAAGCAACACCGCGAUCUAAAUCGACAGCUGGAGCUCGCGAUCGUGAGGUGUGAGAGCGUGGAAACCAUGAAUCAACAUCUGAAGCAGCGAAAAGCAGAGCUUCGCCAAGAGAACCAGUACCUGAAGCAGCGGGACGCAGAGCUUCUGGAAAAAAACCAACACCUGAAGCAGCGAGAGACAGAGCUUCUCGAAGAGAACCAGCACCUGAAGCAGAGAGAGGCAAAGCUGUUUCAAGAGAACAAAGCCCUCCGAGCUGUCGUGCCCAAGAUCGUGGAGUCCCGCGAAGAGAAGAUGAUGGACGAUGUGCUGCCCAUAGAACUGGCGGUGUUGGUCCUCGUAGUGGUUGCGGUGGGACACCUCCUCUACCUGGCAAUGGGAUACCUCCUUUCGGUCUUGCCUCAACCCUUGACCGUUAUGGGGUUCAAAACAAAGUAG